AUGAUUUUGAGGGAUCGGGUCAAGAGGGAAAUAACACAUACACAGUUACUAAAGGAUGGGGCCGUGAAAAUGUUAGGUACUUCAUCGCUUAGCAAUUCCGCAAGAAUUCAAGCUGUUGAACAGUUACAUAACGCAAUGGAUGAUAUUUAUAGAUACAAACAGCAAUUAGAUUUAUUGGAUAGUAUGGAGAAUCUCAAGCGGGUAGACACAAAGGAAAAGGUUGAAGUUAUCAAUAUACAGUUAAAUCUGGAGAUUCUUAUAGAAAAAUUGAAAACUACAGAUGAACCUGAGGAACAAGUCAAAACAUGUAACGAAAUUGCCAAAAUAUUUCAGAAUGAAGAUGCAAAAUUGAAGCUUCCCAGUAUCUCGAGUAUGAUUCCUAUAAUAUGGCCUAUGUUAAUGUCUGAUUCCGCAUCGGUUAAGUCUGCUGGGUUUCAACUAUUGAAAUACUUUAUCAACAAUUAUGAUGAUGUUGUCAUUCUAUUUUAUCAGUAUUUCAAACAUCAUCAGCACGAAAAGUACUAUUACUAUCCGUAUGUCAAGUAUUCUACAAUUGAAGUUGAUCCAUAUUUGGAUUUAGACUUAAAUCUGGAUUCAGACAACGAACGAGAUCCUGUGUCCAUCAACCCGAUUCAUAACAUUUCGAUUAAGCCAUUAACUAAAAAAAAUAAGAUUUCGGAUUUUACCAUACAAAAGUGGCAACCACUUUUACUCAUAAUUGCUGAAGUUUUGUUUGAUGAUGAUUUGAUGACAAUUUACCAGUGCACACUAUUUAUAGACAGAGUUUUAUUGUUAGGAGGGGUUGAAUUUAUAAACACUCUUGGAACAAGAUCACUAGUAUAUUGUUUGAAUAUGCAGCUUUCCAAAUUCACUUUUGACUGGGAAACACUAGUAGAGAGAAUACGAGUGAUAGUAACUUUACUUGAUGUCCUAUGUACUAUUGGUGAAAAAAAUGGUAAACUGGCAUACGAAUGUAAUGUUUUCAAAGAACUUAUCAGUUACACGAUUUCCAAUCCCUUUAUCAAUCCCAUUUUUCAGCAACCCACAAUUGCAGGGUUCCAAAUGGAGCAAUUCCAGGAUUCACUGAGAGAUAUAAGUAUGAUUUGCUUGCCUACUUUUCUGCACGUCUUACAGAAGAAUUCCGUGUAUUUAGUAAACAGUGAUUUUUGUGAAAGAAUUAUAGCAUCGUUAGAAGAUCAAAGGGGGAGUCACGUUACAGAGAUUAUCCAGAUACUUUUGUGUACAUGGUCUGGGCUUGGGUUAUUUUUGGAUGAUAACAAUAAAUGCUUGAAAAUGUUGCUUGAUGGAUUAUACGAUGGGCGCAAAAGAGCAAUUUUAAAUAUCAUUUCAUACGUUUUAGGUAUUCGAGGUGAUAUAAAGCUAUACAAUUGGGAAAAGGCGAACAGCGGAACACACAAUAUCAAUGAUGAAGGUAUGGCAAGUAAAGACAGCAUUAGAGUUUGUGAAUUCCGUAGUGUUUUUUUGAGUGCCUGUUUAGAAAGUCAAAUUCUGGAUUUAUUUGAUGAUAUUUCUGAUGGGCUUGAAAACGAAAUUGCACCUAUAUUGCGGAAAGUCUUUGAAAUCAGCGAAAAGAAACGAUUGAAAUGUCGUUAUAUAAUGAAGAAUGAGAGAUUGAACGAAUUAAUAAAACAGAAUGUUGAAAGUAAGAUUGAGAUUGAAGAUUCAAUCUUUUUGAAGACCACCACAAUAUCAUCAAUUAAUUCGCUUGUCUCUUUGACUGGUUCGACGAGUUUACUCACAGAUCAAAUUGGACCGAAUUUUCUGAAGCUGAAAUUGAAAACUAUGAAUGAGAAUAUUGAUAUAAAGCCAUUAAUUUGGUCAACGCAUGUUCCUCAGACUAAAGAAUAUAGAGAUUGGAAUUGGAAACUAAUUGGUACUUUAUUAAGGGGUGUGUUAUGGAACGAUAGAUUUUUCGAAGAUGCAUUAAAAGGGACCAAGUUUUUUAAGAGGUUGAUUUCAUUCUAUAAGCCACAAAAGGCCGGGUUUGUGCAAAUUAAGAAGAAAGAAAGAGUUAGUAAUUCAAGGAAAGUAGUGUUUGAUGAUGAUAGAAUCGAGAAUAGUGGAGGGGGCAUUGAGAGGUAUAAAUCUAAAAUCCACGAAAUUACCAAGUCUGAUCAGGAAGAGCAGCAUGAGGAUGACCAAGAUAAGUUGGAAAAGACUCUAACGAAUUACGAGUACAAAGAAUAUCACCAACCUGGUGAAGUAUAUAUUGAAAAUGGCAAGUCGUUAUUUUCAUUAUUGUUAAGCAAACGGGAAGGAGUUGAGAUAUUAAGGGAUAGUGGCAUUAUACAAACUUUGACUAUAUCUUUACUAAAAUGUUCAGGGGAGGUCAAAGUAGAAGGUCUAUUCGGUGAUAAAAGAAUGAGUGAGACAUUAAGUGCUGGAUACUUGAGUAUGAUUGGAGUCAUCAGUUCAUAUUCUAGCGGGGUCUCAUUAAUGGAGGAAUUUGAUAUGAUCGAUGCAUUUUUCCAAAUUAGAGAGGAGAAUGUUUUAAUUGAACUCACUAAGGAGCUAGAUGUGAUGAAGAGUGGGUUAAUCAGAAAGUUCAUUGAGAAGCAAAGUGUUGUUGGUAGCAAGAAGGUCCGGCUGAAUGUUAUCAGCCGUAUGAACAAGUUAUUGGACAAGGAAUAUGAAGAUUAUACCAUCGACAAGUGGGUUGUUAAGAUUCUAAUCAAUGCGAUUUAUGAUUUUAACAACGAGAUAUCCAAUAAAGGUAUCCAGGGGAUUAUAAAGUACUUAGAGAAAGGUGGAGAUAUUGCCUAUGUGCUGAGUUACAACCCGGAUAUUGGAGAACUAAAGGAGGUUGGAGGCGAGGUGUACGGCAGUGGGAUAUUGUGGUAUAUAUUAGGAUACGAUCUGGGGGUUGAAUAUGUCAACGAGAAAUAUGGGGGGCUAGUGGAACGGAUCGUAGAAGAGUGGGUCGAUAGACGGGAGGAAUGGGUCCAGAGAAUUGAAAUUGGAUUAUACGAGGAGUUACGAGGAAUCAGAGCUGUAGAGAAUGAUUACAGUCCUGAAAAGAAAAGGUACAAUUGUUUUGAAUUGUUUGAGAGGUUGGUUAAAACUGAUAGCGGUAUUUCAAGUGUUGUUAAAAUAAACGACAACAUUGUUUCUCAUAUCAACGAUGGUCAAUUGGAUGCUAUAGCCAUAUAUUCAUUAGGAGAAUUUGGACGUAGUGAAAAUGGAAUAAUGAUACUCGAGGAGGAAGGUGUUGUUGAAACCGUUGUUUCAAUAUGUGACAAUCGACAUAAUUAUGCCCAUAUAACAUGGAGAAUACGUGGGGCAGCAUUUAGUGCCCUUGCCGCUUGGCGGAUGCACCCGUUGGGAGUCGAGUUAGUGGAGGAGGCACGUGCCUCUGCUACAUGUCCAUCCUCAUAUGCUUACGGUAGAGUCACUUAUAGAGACACAAAUAUUGACAUAUGCACCGAGUUGGGAGGGGUCCACAUAGAUGAGGGGACUUCUCCCUCAAUUUGGGGGGGGAAAUCGACAACCAUUUUGACUCCAAUUUCGGCAUCUACUCAAGUUUCGGCCUCGGCGUCGGCAACAGUUUCGGCAUCAGUGUCGGCAUCGGCGUUGGAAAUUAUCCCGGAAUCUACGUUAACCAACAAAGGAUCAAGGGAAACCCCCUCGGAAUCCGCACCAGAGGAAUGGACCUCCACCCUCGGUGUCCGGGACCUUCUACGUGGAGUACUAGCUACUGGUGGCUCAGCAAUGGCCGGUUUGGCGGAAUCCGGAGAUGUGCGUGCGGAGACCGAGCCUGUUUUAGAGGAGCGGCUUGCCAAAAUAGCCGCAGAGGGGAGGAGUGCGGCACAAAUCUUAAAAUCACAAAAGGCUUUAAAGGAGAAAGACAUUAGCCGCACGCGGUACUGGGAGAAAAAUGCGGAGUUUGCAUUGGCCUUAUUUGGGGAGGGGGCAAUGCGGGGCCAUUAG